UGCAUUUUAAUCUAUGAUUUUAACGUUAAACUCAGUAACACAUUAAAAUUACAGUUGCGUCUUCGCUUAACGGUUAGAGUGCUGUUCAGCAGCACCGCGCUGCUGGUGGUGGCCGAAAGCUAAAUUGCAACAACAGGCUUGUUACAGCCCGUUGUUGCAAUUUAGCUCUCACCCGCAAGUGGCAGCACCAAAGUAAAGCACUCAGAUAAAUGUCUUCUCCAAUCCAAGCAGAGGAGGAUGAGGUGGAAGAAGUGGAGUUUGUGUCAGAGGGUUCUCUCAGACCAGUAUUGGAUUGUAUUGAUCUGCUGAGUGAGAGUGAGGAUGAGGGAUGUUCAUCACUGGUAGGCACAGUUGAAGAUAAAAUCAGCUGCCAUAAAGCGCGUGUUACAUCUACCCUGGACAGACUAGCGCACCAGGUGGCUCUAGAGAAAAAGGAAAGGGCUGAUAAAUGUAGAGCGUUCAAGGAGAAGCAAAUCUUACAGAAAGCUCAUGGGCAGCAGGAGCUGGCUGUUAGUUCUACCAAUGGAAUAAAUCAGGAAGCAAAGCGCUGUGUAGACAUGUGGCUAAAGAUGCCAGGUCCUCAACCUGGAAUGAUCAGUGGUGGUUUUGGAAGAAGACACCGACCUGCUUCUUUCCCCAGAAAUAGUUCAACUAGACAUACUUGUCCAGUGAUAAACUGUGGUCGAGUUUAUGACAAUGGGUCUCUCCUCGAGGGGCACUUAAAAAGGUUUGAUCACUCGCCCUGUGACCCAACGAUCAACCUCAAAGGAUGUCCUUCCGAGCUCAUCGCCUGUGCUACCUGCGGUCAAAAUUUUCAAACUAAAGAAGCAUGGAGAAGACAUCUUGAGUCUAAGCUGUCAUCAUCUACUGCUGGUGGUCACAGCAUCACGCAGAGCUAUCAGCGGAUCGUGUGUUUUGCCUGUCCUGCCUGCUACUUCCUCUUCAACCUCCGAGAUGAGUGUCUUAAGCACAUGUCAGCCAAAAACCACUUCACAGAGUCACUGGCCAUGAAUGAAACCAGAGGAAGAGCACUGCCAGUUCCCAUCCCACAAUAUGUGAAGAAUCGUCUCAUCGCCCUGUGCAAGGAUGUGACGUUCAAUGUCCGAUGCUCUUUAUGUCACAAAGUGCUGAUCUCGCAUCAGGCAGCUCAAGCUCACUUUAAUGUGCACUGCAGACAUGGCUGUGCAGUGGCCAAAGCUGAUAAAACAGUAGUGCAGGUAAUGAAAGAGCUGCAAGUGCAAGGUCAGUGCUCCCUCUGCUGCAAAAUCUUCCUCAGCCAAGCUGAAAUUGAGAGACACAAAGAAUGCACCCAGCAUGAUGUGGAGGUCAACCAAACAAUGGAGAAAGCAGUCCUCCAGUACUGCAGGUUUAGUGAAAUUCAACACACCCAGAGGGCUAUAGAGGCACCGGGCAGGAGACAGUCUGAAAUGUCUUUUCAACAAAGAAACAAGAAGAGGAGCCGCUGUGAAGAAUUUCCAGCCAAACGGCAGAGACUAAGCUUGAGCGUGAAUGGUAGCACUAGCAGAAAUGUAGCAACAGCAUGGUGCUGCGAGUGUGGCGUGCAGUUCUCAGAGGAGGCUGCAGCCAGGAAUCAUCUAUUGGCUGUGAACCAGGUUUUCCAUCAGUGUGGCGUGUGUGGCAAACUCAUGGGAGAGUCCUCAAUAACCCGCCUGCAUAUGAGUCGCUUUCACGGGGGAGCUCAUCUCUCCAACUUCCUCUUCUUCUGCCGCAAGUGCAACGUGGAAAUGCCUCGGUACGAAGACAUCCUGUCGCACGUAUCCGAAGCUCACAGCGGACACACCUACUACACUGAACAAGAAGUGCCCGAGGAGCUUGCCAUGGUCAUCGAUGACAAGCCGUCCACCAGCAAAGAAGGCACCCGACGUUCAUCCUCCACGAAAUCCGCACUCCAGCAGGACAUAGUAGAGAUGUCUACUUCAAAAGCAGAGGAGACUUGGAUGUGCAGGAUGUGCGAGGACACCUUUGACUCAGAGGCAGACGUCCACAAACACUGCAGUGACGUGAGCAGUCACAGCUAUCAGAGGUUCAUCUGCGGACACUGCCCUCAGAAGUUCUUUAAAGAGUCCACGGUGCGUAGACAUUGCAUGAACGAGCAUGACGGGCAGAUAAAGAGCUCCCACUUCUGCGGACUCUGCGACAGCAUGCAGUUUGAAUCCGAGGGCAAGUUCUUGGAGCACUAUAAGAGUCUUCACAGUAAGGACUACUACUGCAUGGAUGAUGUUGAAGUUGUUCAGCCUGCUGUUGCUGCAGGGACCAGUCAGCCUUCGUGCCCGUGCAUGGGUUCAGAGAAGAGCAAAGAGGACAUGAAAGCUACAUACACGCAAUGCAUGAGGGAUCUGGCCACGGAAGGGAAAUGUCAGUAUGUGUGUGCUCCUUGUGGCAUAUCUCUGCCUUCCUACGCACAUAUGAAGACUCACGUCCACACAAAGCACGCCGCUUUGAAACUGGACAAGACCUUCGACGUAGAAUGCAACGCAUGCCAGGAGAGGUUUACAGAUGUGCCAAGUUUCCAUAAACACCAUCAUUCCCAACACUGCACGCUGGAGCCUUGCAGGAGCUCCAGGACCUGCGGUAAAGACAUGAAAUCAGAGCCCACUGCUGUCAAGAUAGUCAAUGCUGUGGAGAUCAAACCAGAAGACGCCAAUGAGAUUGAAGAUGAAACACUGGUGUUUUUCAACAUGGAUCAGGCAAAUGAAGAGAGUGAAGCACCUGAAAACGAUUCAGAGGAGGAGAUGAACCAUUCACCUUCUUUCAGUGCAGAAGAAGCAAGAGAGUCUGCAGUGAAAUAUUACACAGUGAUUCACUUUUACUGCAGAGAAUUUGAGCCUGAUAAACAUUCCUCGUAUGUUGACCUUGAUGGGGAAGAGUUGGAGGAAGCUCUUAAAAGAAGUCUUCUGGAGUUUUAAGGAUGUGAAAAGAUUCUUGUUUUGUUUUCUUUUAACACAGUGUCCUUCAGACAUUGUAUUGAGAUGUUUUGUACCAGGUAUUUGUGUUUAGAAUAUAAUAAAUAAAUGUUAGUUUAAAAUUUA